GGAUGCGCGCGAAACUUCUUUUCUUCUUCCUGUUGAUAUCUAGCUUCACCGACUUCAGUGCAUGGCAGACCCGUGCAGUCUUUGACAAAGCGGUACUUGUGUCCACCUCACGCCUCGGCAAGAACAUGUCUCAGGCUCGAGUUACUGAUUUCUUCGCACAGAGAAAGAAAGGCAUUGCCGGUCCUGUGAAACCAGCCAAGCAGCGAAGCAGCGCUGUGGUCGGUUAUGGUUCGACUGCUAUCACCGUCGCCGACACACGGUCAAGAUCCUCUAAAAACCUGUGUUCGUCCUCCGUCCAUGAAGAGUUUGUCAAUGUUAUCGAUGAGGCAGUGGGACUACAGGAGGAAGAGGUUGUGAAAGAUAUCCCCUCUUGCCCCCGGACUCCGAAGCGGACCUCGGCAACAGAGUUUGACCUCGGAGCAGGCGUUUUUUCAGCCACCGCCGACCACAGCACGGCCAAGAAGAGACGGCAAGUGGAGGCCGUCAGCGCUAAAGCUAAUGUCCCGGAGAAACCACAGAGGAGAAGGGCCAGAAAGAAACUGGUCCUCCCUCAAGACACACCACAUGCUGGUGUCCAGGCACGACCCAGCGAGAUGACCCAGCAGGCCGCAGCUCCAACCUCUCCUGUGUCUGAGCACAAGACCAGCAGCUCUCCACUGAGGGGUCAGCUCACCGGCAAGAUCACUGAAGGACAGGCCCCGUCUAAAGUGGACAUUGCAGCUCUCAAGUCUCGUCUUCAGAGGAUCAAGAAACGUGAAGAGGAACUAGUCAGCACUGAAGCCUCACCUUCAGUUUACACGUUGUCCUCUCCUGCUGAUGCAGCACCCCGCAAUCCUCCCCAUCAUGUCCCAAAAACUGCCAUAGCCACCACCUCUAAAGCUGAGGCCCUCAAGCGGACUGUGGCACGAGCCAAAGAGCUUGCUACUAAAGCUCAGAGGAGGAACGAGGAGAGGGAGGCAGAGGAGAGCAAGAGUAGUGAGACACAGGCUCAGGACAGUACUGAACAGCCAGCAUACCAGCGGUACCACACCCUUGCCCAGGCAGCCCCCCCUGGCCUCUCCCUGCCAUACCAUUACAAAGUGCUUGCUGAGAUGUUCAGAAGUAUGGACACGGUGGUAGCCAUGCUGUAUAACCGCUGUGAGACGGCAACCUUUGCCAAGAUCAAACAGGGAGUUCAGGACAUGAUGCACAAGAGGUUCGAGGAGAGCCAUAUCGGUCAGAUAAAGACCGUGUUUCCUGAAGCCUACACAUUCAGACAGGAGAAGAACAUCCCAACCUUCAACAGCAGCAUUAAGAAGGGCAGCUACCAGCUUACUGUGGAGCCUGUCAUUCUCUCAGACCAGAAUGAAGCCCGUCUCGUCCUGUCAGCCUCUCAUCUUGUGGAGAGAAGACGCACCUUCCAUCUGAAACUGGUCUGCAUUGUCAAACGGCACCACAAGGUCUUCCUGUCGUCGUUAGUUCCUCCCAUGUCUGUUCCAGAAGAAAAACUGACCCGCUGGCACCCUGGCUUUAAUGUGGAUACUGUGCCAGCUAUCCAGACUAGCUCCCUGCCUCAGCCUCCUCACACUGAGAAACUGUCCACUGCUCAGGAGGUGCUGGACAAGGCCCGUUCACUCAUCACACCCAAGAUGGAAAAGGCUCUGGUUUCUCUGGUUCUGACGACUGAAGAUAAAGUUGCAGAUAGUAAAGCGCAAACAUCUCCACAGGACCUCACAGUUCCUCAAAAAUCAGCUGCUGUGGUACCAGCUGCCCUGAAAGGGGUGUCCCAGUCCCUCCUGGACCGGAUCAGGGCAAAGGAAGCUCAGAAGCUCCAGGCUGCCAUGAUCCGAAACCCCACCCAGGAGGACCGCCUGCUGAUGAUGUCACGGCUCCCAGAGUUGGCCAGGAUUCUCCGCAAUGUUUUUGUUGCAGAGAAGAAACCAGCUUUAAUCAUGGAGGUGGUCUGUAACAGGAUGGUGGCCAGCUACAGAUCUGCUCUCUGCACAGGGGAAAUGGAGAAACAUAUUCGUCUACUGGCAGAAGUGGCUGCUGAUUGGCUGAGUAUUCAUCCGAUCAGGAAGGACUUCUACCUGAAGUUGAACAAGAACACAGAGCUCAGCAUUGUUAUGGACAAACUGAACAGCAGACUAAGAGAGGAGGAGAGAAUCUGAGAGAUGUCAUGACUGAGUGAUGUGGACUUUCCCUGGCUGUCAUUGGCUGAACUGCCAGCACACUGUUGCUAAAGCACAGAGGCCAGUUGCUUAUAAGUGCCAUGUUUUUAGACCGUUUGACUGGUUUGCUGGCAGCAGAUGCGUAGGCCUGUGCUUUGUGGUGUGUCCUGUCUGUGAAGAUAAUCACAGACUGAUCCAGGCACAGGACCAUGGUCUCUCCCAAAAUCCUGGGGCCACAUGGGUUUUUAAUGACACUCUUGUUGGUGUUUUUUUUCUCUUUUUUUCCUCCUUCUACCAUUUGCGUGUACAGGUAGUCCUCCAGUCUUUUAGGGGUCAGCUUUCUACAGUGUAGAACUGAUUGUUUACAUUUUUAAAAGGGUUGAUAAUGUUUAAGAAAUACAAUCAUUUGUCAGAG